GACUUGACAUUGACAAAUGACAGUGACGUGGCUCUAUGAUUUUCUUUUCGUGAUAUCGAAAUUUUAAUUACAAAUGAAUGAAUUUGUUAUUGAUUACUUUUAUUAGUGAAAAUUUAAUAUAUAAACAAGAAAAAUACAUUAAAAAGCCAUGUCAACCAAAAGCAAAUCUUCAGAUAACGUAACUAAGAGUAAUGGAAAUGAUAGUGUUUGGAAGAGAGCAUUCUUACCGAAUGCUGAAUGGCCUGACAAGGAGGAGUUUCUGGACGUCAUAUAUUGGAUGCGACAAGCUAUAGGCAUUGUGCUAGGCCUUUGUUGGGGUUUAUUACCCUUGAAAGGAUUUUUGGGUUUAUUGCUUUUUGUGAUAGUAAAUGCAGCAGUGAUCUAUGUCUAUGUAAACAACUUCCAAAGUGUAGACGAGGAGGAAUAUGGUGGCAUGUGGGAGAUCACCAAAGAGGGUUUCAUGACUUCAUUUGCUGGAUUUCUGGUCACAUGGAUAAUCAUGUUCACAGGUUUACACAGCACCAGUGAGUUAUGAGAUCAAAUGAGAGGCUUAGUGAAUCAGUUUUACAGGAAAGACCUUUAAAUGAAGUGUAGUACAAAGGGUUAUUUGAAAUGUCAACAGAUUUAUGAUGGGAGAUGGGAGAUGUUUUAUUUGCACAUAUAAUAUAAUAAAUUAAUAUUCAAUUAUAAAAUUCAUAUAUUUUUUAAAACAAGCUUUUAUAUAAAUGCUCUAUAGCACCAGUGUUUUCAAAACAAAUGAGCACCAUAUUCAAUGAGUUUAUUUCAAUAAGUUAAGCUUAGUCAUACCAUAUUAGAUGCUGUAGAAGAUACGCAAGUGUAACAAACUUGAUUUAUAUCAAAUGUAUUCUGUAUGUAAAUGGUUCUGAGUUGACUUCUUUGUUUAUACCCACACAUAACAGGGACAGUUAAAUAAAAGCUUGUAAAAUAUCUAUUGCACAGCCUUACCAGAAAAAUUGGAGGUACCACAAGUAUUUUUUCUAAAGUAUGACAUAUGGGUCAUCUCCCAGAUUGACCGGGUGGGGGUAUUGACCUUGGAGGCAAACCUUGUCUGGUGAUCUUUCUCCUCCCACCCAGUGAUAGUGAUUCCAGCUGCUUUUGGGGUCCCCAUUGUUAAUAGGGACUAAUCCAUAAGCUAAUGUAUGCUAAUGGAAAGAAAAUAAUCCCUUUUUCCAAACAUGAUGAGGUUUCUUGUUUUUCUGGUCAGGUUAUGAUUUCAAAUAAAAUAGAGAGAAUAUUUAAAAAAUACUAUAUACUCUUGCUUUUGAAGCUUAUGCAUAAUUAGUCUUCAUAUAUUUAUAACAAAAUACCUAUUACAGUUUUUUUUUUAUUUUAAACCUUGGAUUUUUUCACUUGUAUAUAUUUAGCUAAGUGUAGUGCCAAAAUGUAGCCAUUUGCAUUUUUUAAUUUUGAUAGUAAGUUUGUGUCAAGAGUAUUUUGAAUGUGAAAAAUUUAUAGCAAUGUUUUGUUAAAUAAGACACUUCUUACGAAUUUGGUUAGUAACUAUUACUUAAAUAUUUCCAUACAUAAUGUCCUUUUCAUAAAAGAAGUACUGUGGCAAAACCUCAACUAAAAUUGACAGCGCCUUAAACAAAUAACAAUAAGACAGCCAUUACCAAAUGUUGUCAUUUGGUAAUGGCUGGCUGAGCGCCAUUAAGACAUUAGCGCCGCGUCUGGGGGACUUCUUUCAUGAAUAGAACUAUUCAUUGAAUGAGCUGUAGACCUACCCGUCUGUAAUGUAUUGAUGAGUUGUUUUACCGAGAACUGUUUAACUCUUCGAGUAAACCUGACUGGUAUAAUACAUCAUUUUCUUAAAUACCUACCAUGCAAAAAUUGUAUCAUGAUUAACAGUUAAGUAUGUUUUAUAGUGUUUAAUUUAAAUGAAGGUUCCGUACAUCAUUUCGAAUACUUAAUAAUGGACAUAAAAAUAUAUAGAUUUUAUAAAGUGUAGAUAUUAAAGUUAAAAUAUUGUAUUGAGUAAUUAAUAACAAGUAAUUAAAUAAAUAAUGCGAUAAAUACCUAUGCUAUGGUAAGAUCAAUUUAUAUAUUGUGCAAUGCUUAGAAUUGUAAACAUUUUAUUUGAAGAAAUAUAUUACCCAUAAAAAAUACAUUAAGGUUUUAAUAAUGUUAAACUUAAUUCCAUGUGUUGUGUAAAUACAUAUUUCACUGUCAAUGAUUUAUUAUUUAUUUAAUUAUUAUUAUUUUGUAUGUUGGUUGAUGUGAGUACCUUGUGUAAUUGUAUUAUCGUGGUGAUUUUCUUGUUUUGAACAAAUAAUAAUAUGAUGGUUGAUUUAGUAUA